CAAGGUGGGUUCUCUUUCUACUCUCUCUCACACUUUCUCAGUGUAGUUUUGAGUGUAGUGUUUGUGGGGUUUAGCAGAUAAUGCAGAGUGUUAUCAGCUAGAGAGAGAGAAGAAUCUGAAUCUGAAGUUUCAUACUAGUGCCGUUUGUUGAUCUUGUGGUAUUAUUUUUUGGUAGUUCAAGUGUUUAAUCUUUUGUCUGUGUCUCUGCUUUGGUUAUGAUUCUGUGAGAUCUCUCUUUGAUUCAUGCAUUUUCCUCAUUUUGUGGUUUUGUUGAUUCUCUGAUUCCUAAAAAAAAGGGUUUAAAGCCAGUUUGUGGCUGAAGAGAAACACCAUUACCAUCUUUUUUUUUUGCUGUUCAUGCAAAGUAGAUCUAAAGGUUUAAGCAAAGACACUCACUCCUCCAAGUGUUUGAGUACAUGGAUUUCUUGAAAGUGAGGAAAUUCAGAAAGUCACGGAAGCCAAACCUUGAGAAGGAGCAAGAACAAGAAAGGAGUGAGAACAAUGUAGCUAGUGUGACAGAUUCAGGAAAAGCAGAUGAGAUAGAAGAUGAGGAAGAUGAUGACUUCAUCACCAAUGAGGUUAAGAGAAGGCUUAAGGAGUUAAGGAGAAACAGUUUCAUGGUCUUGAUACCUGAAGAAGAUGAAGAAGGAGAAGAAGAGGAGGAAGAGUCUUAUCUAGGUGAAGAUGAGGGAGAAGACAAGUGUUCAAGUGUCUGGAGAGAUGUAGUCGCUGAAGGACUUCAAUGGUGGGGAGGUUUUGAUGCUGUCUAUGAAAAGUAUUGUGAGCGUAUGCUCUUCUUUGAUCGUUUAAGCUCUCGCCAGCUCAAAGAAAAUGGCAUUGGCAUAGCUCCAAGUCCUUCAACUCCAUCACCAAGAUCUGCAUCUAAGAAGCUCUCAUCGCCUUUUCGAUGUCUUUCUCUGAAGAAAAUGGAUGUUCCUGAGGAGGAGGAAGAUAUAGAGCAUUUGCAGCAGACAGAGAUUGACCCUUGUCAAGAUCUUGAGACAGCUUAUGUUGCUCAACUCUGCCUCACUUGGGAAGCACUUCACUGUCAGUACACGCAGCUUAGCCACUUGAUCUCAUGCCAACCUGAAACACUGACUUGCUACAACCACACUGCGCAACAGUUUCAGCAGUUCUUGGUCUUGUUGCAGAGGUAUAUAGAGAAUGAACCGUUUCAGCAGGGGUCAAGAGCUGAGCUUUAUGCUCGUGCUAGAAACGCAAUGCCUAAGCUGCUUCAAGCUCCCAAGAUUCAAGGGUCAGAUAAGGAGAAAGAUACAGUAGAGUUCAUGGUCCUAGCUGAUGAUCUCAUCAGAAUCAUUGAGAGCUCGAUCCUUACUUUCAACGUUUUCUUGAAAAUGGAUAAGAAGAAGCCAAAUGGAAUCAUCAUUCACAUGUUUGGGAACAAUAACCAUAUGAUCAAUAAUUCUACAACCCCUUUGCAACUGGUUCAGUCAACUAUUGAAAAGAAGAGGGUGAAAGCGAAGGAGCUUACAAAGAAAACAAAAGGGUUGAGAAAGAAGUCUUGGCCACAAACAUGGGAAGGUGUUCAGCUCUUGUUUGCAGCCAUUGACAUCAAACUCGCAUCAAGGGUACUGAGGAUGGGGAAAGUCAGUAAAGAGCAGCUUCUAUGGUGUGAAGAGAAGAUGAAAAAACUUAAUUUUUCUGCUGGGAAGCUUCAGAGACACCCAUCUCCAGUUCUUUUCCCUUGUUGAUAAUAAUAAUAAUAAUAAAUGAUGAAACACACAAUGAUUUCAAGACCUGUAUCAACUGCUCCCUUCUUUUUGUAGACAUAUCAAUGAAGUGAUUGUGAUUGUGUUCCAUAUGCCUCCUUGGCUAUCCAUUAAGGUUUUAA